GGGUAGAAGUUUGUGCCUAUGAAUAACUUUUCGCGUUACGGAUUAAUAUGACUAAAAGAAUCUCUUGAAAGUGACAAAAUGGAUGAGAAAAUUAUAAACUCAUGCCCUAACUGUUCUCAAACAUACAGUUUGAAAAGCUUGGCACCGGAACCGAAAUCAAACAUUCCUCUUUUCAUAAAAUGUGGACACUCCAUAUGCGAAUGUUGCGUUCGCAACAUAGUACAGUCCGGCGAGCCGAUAGAGUGCAAGAUAUGUCUUCGGACGAUGGAGAUCAAGACUACGGAUAUCGCGAAGCUGCUUCAGAAUAAGAUACAGUUGUACAGUCUGUUCCCUGUGAAUGUGAAUGUGCUGGGGGAGCUGGCACUCAACAUGAUUGUGGAAAAGCCUGAAGUAGAAGAGAAGAAAGCAAAAGAAUAUUUUAUAGAUUUGCAAGCCAUACUUGACAGCACUGACCAGACUCAAGGCCAAUGCUUAGAAUGUCACAGUGCAACAACAAAAAUGUGCCAACAAUGUGCCACUGUCAUAUGUGCCUCUUGCUUCGAAAAAUCACACAAGAACUUUGUGGUGUUCAAGAACCAUGUUCUGCAGAAUAUUGAACUACAAGUAACAACGAAUAACUGCCAAAUCCAUUGUCAGAAAUCGCUGGAGUAUUACUGUAAAGAUUGUGCCAAGUCGGUUUGCAUGGAUUGUCUGAUGGUCGGUUCGGAGAAGUCUUGCAAGAACCAUAAUGUGGUGCCUAUUGUUGAAAUUAAUGAGAAGUUUUUGUCAGAUUUACGUGAAAUACUUCCCGAAGUUGACGCUACAUUCCGGAGGCUAACCAAAACCGCAGUUGACAUUGGUCACCAACUCAUCAAGAUGGACGACGACAGUGGGUCGCCCGAGCUCCUUCAGGUGACGGCGAGCAUCGAGCAGCAUUUCUCGAAAUUGCAGGCGGUAGUGCAGACCCACCGACAGGAGGUAAUGGAGAACAUCUCCCGUCUGCGACGCAUCGAACGCGAGUCGCUACUCCGCGUCAGAGACGAGGUGGCUACCGGUAUCAAGCAGUCCAAGCAACUCAUGAACACGUUGAAGUCGGCUCUGGAAUGCGAGAAGAUACAAACCACGAAUCUGUCGACACUCCUUGCAGAAGCUAAAUGCAUAGUUGACAGACCGUGGUGUUUGACCAAAGAAGAAUCCGACAAGGACAAACUGAAGGUGUGCGUGAGCGAGGAGCUGUGUUUGCUGGUGAGCGACUACGUGCAGCUGGUGGGCAACGCGCAGGCGCGCUACGGGCUGCGCUCCUCCCGCCAGCUGGCCGCCGUGCCGCCGCCGCCGCCCCAGCCGGUCUUCCCUCCGACUAGAGGUCCCGAGUUAAAGAAAGCUGCCAUUCAGACAGUUAUGCCAUUGCCAUUUGCCGAAAAGAAACCGUCGAUUGAACUAAAAGCAGGAACGCAAGAGCAAGUCCGCAUCACCUAUAUGCAGGACCCUCACCAUUUCUACGUGCGACGCGUGCGAGACGACGCGACGCUCUCCGAAAUUGAGGACCAACUCCAUGAAAAUCUUGGACGGUUGACGCGCGAAGUUAUUAUCUCUAUCGGAAAAAUAUAUGGUGUGAAACACGAGUACCCAUGCAAACGUGGGCGCCUCGAUAGAAUAGACAUAGACGAAGCGACGAGCCAGCCCAAAUACUGUGUCACCUUCAUCGACUUCGGGAACACGGUCAGCGUCAGAGUUGACCGGCUGCAUGAAAUACCGGCGGUGUUAGCAGACCGUCCUGCGCUGGCGCUGCGUUGCCGGCUCGCCAACUGCGAGCCCGACGGCUCCUGGCACCCGGACGACACCGCCCUAAUGCUACGGAUUGUGGACAACUCGGCGGUGACGCUCCACGUGCGCCGCAUGGGCGCGUGCAGCGAGUGCGACGUGACGACGCACGCCGGGCUGAGCGCCGCGCACGUGCUGCGCUUCCACGCCCGGGCCGCGCUCCUCGACCCCUCGCUCCCGUAUCCGGAGGUGGCGAGCGCAGCACCGCUGCGGCUGCAACCAGCGGACACCACGCUUCGAACAACGAGCGGCGCCGACGUGAUCAUCACACACGUCGUGUCGCCGGACAAGUUCUACGUCAGAGAGAGUCGCUUACAAGAGGACUACGUGAAACUUUGCGAGGAACUGAACAACGCAUACGACGUUCGGGACGAGAGCGAUCUCAUCUUCUUGCCAAAGGAGGGUUUGGUGUGCGUGGCGCUAGUGGGCUCGGAGGCGGGCGCGCGGUGGGCGCGCGCGCAGGUGGUGUCGGCGCGCGCGGCGUCGGCGGUGCGCGUGUGGCUGCCGGACUCGGGCCGCCAGCUCGCCGUGCCGUGGCAGCGUCUGCGCGCCGCCCGGCCGCGCUUCACUGCGCUGCGAGCGCUGGCAAUUGAAAGUCACCUGGCGGGGAUAACCCCAGUCGGCGGGCGCUGGCCCGAGUCCGCCUGCGAGCUCCUCGCCCAGCGCUCCGGGCGCGCGCUGCGGCUGCUCGCGCACGACGCGCGCCGCCGCAGCCUCGGCGCCGUGCUGCUCGACCCGGCCGCCGGCGCGUGCCUCAACCGCGAGCUGCUCGCUAAACACCUGGCUACCGCUGACGGGUGA